CUCUGAGAAACAAAUCGCGAAAACUCCUCUCACGUCUUCACCAUGGCGACAGAAAUCACCAGCUCACCGGAGGUCUACUAUAAGGACGGAAAGAACUCAUCUGACAAGGCAGCGGAUACCGAGAAAAUUCAGCUCGAGCGGAUGGAGACCGGUGGAUAUGCUGGCAAAAACCACACUGACUUCUCUCAAGUCGAUGGAGAGGUUGCCAAAUAUACUAGCGAAGUCAGGACUGUUAUUGACCAGGCCACCAAUAAGCGGCUCAGGAAGUUGAUCGAUCGCCGUGUGCUGGCUAUCAUGAUCUUUACUUACUUCCUUCAAGCAUUGGACAAAGGUACCUUGUCUUUUGCAUCCAUCAUGGGGAUUCAGAAGUAUACCAACUUGGUUGGCCAGGAGUAUUCGUGGCUGACGACGUGUAUCUACAUUGCUAUCCUGAUUGUCGAAUUCCCCACAAACUGGAUUAUUCAGAGAGUCCCUAUCGCAAAAUACCUCUCAAUCAACAUUAUGCUCUGGGGUGCGACAUUGAUGUGCCAUGCCGCUGUCAAGAACUUUACUCAUCUUGUGGUUGUCCGAACUCUUCUUGGUAUCUUCGAAGCAUGUUGUCAACCCUCGUUUGUGGUUCUAUCCAGCAUGUGGUAUCUCAGAAGCGAACAGGCUGCCACUGUCUCGUACUGGUACAUGAUGAACGGAGCUCAGCAAAUCGUAGGAGGUCUCCUCGCUUACUGCUUCACACUUCUUCAGCAUGGACCCCUUAAGAACUGGCAAGCUCUCUUUAUCACCUACGGCGGAAUUGCAAUCCUCUGGGGCGCCUUCGUCAUGUUCUGGAUGCCCGACUCCCCCAUGCGAGCCAAAUGCUUCACCGAAGAAGACAAGCACCUCAUGGUCGAACGAGUUCGCUCCAACCAAACUGGUAUGCAGAACAAGCAAUUCAAGAGAGAGCAAAUGAUUGAAGCAUUCAUGGACCUCCAGACUUGGUGCUACUGUGGCAUUGCAGUCUUUACCACACUGCCAACAAGUGGCUUGGGCGCAUUUGCAAAUAUUAUUAUCACCAGCUUCCACUUCUCGGUGCUUCAGACUCAACUGCUUGCCAUGGUACUUGGUGCAUAUAUCAUUAUCGUGUUGCUUAGUUCUGUAUGGCUUGUCAAGAAGACAGGUCAAAACUUGCUUGUUAUGUUGGCCUUCGUCAUCCCUUCAUUUAUCGGCACCAUUGUUCUCAUGACAGUACAGAGCACCGACAUGUCAAGGAAAAUCGGUUUGCUGAUCAGCUACUACAUCACGCUGUCGUUCUGGUCUGCUCAAACAUUGUCGCUCUCAAUGAUAUCCCGCAACAUCGCGGGACAAACCAAGAAAUCAACAGUUGUUGCUACUAACUUUGUUGCAUGGGCAGUAGGUAACGCAAUUGGUCCUCAAGUCUUCUUGAAGUGGAACGCACCUCGUUAUCUCAUCGCUUUCACGGUUCACCUUGUCUGCUAUGGUCUUCUUGUGCUUGUUAUUCUUUUCCUCCGCUGGCAUUUACUUCGCCAGAACCGGAAGAAGGACGAGUUGGCGCAGGCCGGUAUUCAGGAGGCAAUGGACGAUAAUUAUACUCAUGCUUUUGAGGAUUUGACGGACAGAGAGAACCCUAAUUUCCGCUAUGUCUUCUAG